AUGUCCCAAAUCCACCCCCAAGCGACCCGCGGCUUCCACGCCGCCAACCUCUACGACGCUCAUCGCCCGUCCUACCCCUCCCACGCCAUCUCCUCCCUCCUCUCGCGCAUCCGCGUCGCCGGCGUCCGCGGCGCACGGCUCGUCGAGCUAGGUGCUGGAACGGGGAAAUUUACUUCCCUGCUUUCUGCACGGCCUGAAAGGUAUGAGAUCGUAGCUGGUGAGCCGCAUGAGGAGAUGCGUGGGGUGUUAGAGGGGAAGUCGUUGAGGGGUGUGAAGGUUAUAGGUGAUAGAGCAGAGAGCUUAGAGAGUGUAGACAGGGAUUGGGCGGAGGUCAACGCACCCAUCGACCAUACGCCUACAACGCCUUACGAAGCGCGGCUUAAAGCCAUCAUACGGAGUCUGCCUAACCCUAUCAAUCUGUACCGCGAGCUGAAGUGGAAAGAUGUGCUUCGCCCAGAGCAACAGCAGCUCUUUGAAUGGCCGCUGAAAGAGGAAGAGUUGUCCAACGAGACAGCGCUGUCGAGAGAAAGUAUCUGGGAGAGGUUUGCUACGAUGUCGCAGGUCUCGAGUUUGAAGGGGAUAGAGACACAGGCGAUGAAAAAUCAGGUUUACGAAGCUUUGAGUGGGGACGAUGUUGAGGAAGAUGCGCAAGGGAACAUCAAAUGGCAUGGUAGAACCAUGACAUACGCAACAGCACAAUUUUUCGCGGGCACUAAAGAUCGUAAACCCGCUUUCCUAGACUACGCAACAGGCGAGUCGAAUCUUCUCCCCGCCACGAAGCAAAAAAUUCCACUCAAUGAUAUCCGCACACUCAACCCACAACCCACCCUCCUAUCCCAGGGUUUCCAACUUGCAGCCUUCCCUUCCACCAUCACGGAACAAGCCUUUCUCCCCAAUACCCAAGCAGGCCCCUCCACCCUGAACGAGAUAACAACAUACUACCACGAGUGUGAAUCCCUCGUGGCCAACUUGACCGGUGCCACCACUGUCCACGCCUUCCACCACCGCUAUCGCCAGCAGAAGAACCCUCCAGCACUCGACGCCGAGAAAAUAAAAACAUACCCCACGACCCCAGUCCCAGAUAUCCACAUCGACAACGACUCCACCACCGCUCAUGCGCACCUCACCCGUAUCCUGCCCCCCUUGGAAGCCUCGCACUGGGAAUCACGCCACUGGGCCAUCAUAAACGUCUGGAGCCCCCUCGCGCAAGUCCACCAAAUGCCUCUCGCAGUUCUCGAUCCCAGCUCUACACCGAUCCAUGCGACAAGUCUCGCGGAGCCGGUGUACACGAGGGGGAAUUAUAAAAGCCACAUCAGGGGGGUGAGAUGGCAUCCUGAGUACAAGUUUUAUUAUGCGAGUGCGAUGGGGAAGGGGGAGGCAUUGUUGUUUGUUGAUUAUGACAGCGAGAGGAGAUGGAGGUUGGGUGGGGUGGCGCAUGGCGCAGUGCAAGAAGUAAAGACGGAGAGUAAAGUAGAUGUGCCGCUGAGGAGGAGUUUGGAGGUUAGGUGUCUGGUGUUGUAUGACUAA